CUGCGUCUAGGAGCCACCGACCAGACAUUGGAUCGCGCCGAUUUCCUGCUUGUCAGUCAUCGUUUUGCAGGAUUAUCCAGUCUUUGUGUCUGAUUUGCCACGGCAUUUCAAAACAACCAACUAAAAUUUAUCAAGUAUACGUUUGCGUCACUAUUACUUUUUUCCAAUGGGGGAGGAAAAGCCGGACACAUUGGACUUUGUUAAGGAUUUCCAGGAGUAUUUAAGCCAGCAGACGCAACAUGUCAACAUGAUAUCAGGCUCUGUCAGCGGUGUGAAGGAGGUGGACGAGCUGCCAGCAGACUGCAGCCAAAAUGGGCUCGACCAUCCCUCGGUGGACAUGUCAUUGGAGGACGGCUCAGGGAUCUUGGUGGAUGGUUUUGAGAGGACCUAUGACGGCAAGCUCAAGUGUCGCUACUGCAACUAUGCUACUAGAGGCACAGCACGACUCAUUGAACAUAUCCGUAUUCACACAGGAGAGAAACCUCACCGCUGCCACCUGUGCCCAUUUGCCUCAGCCUAUGAGCGCCACCUGGAGGCCCACAUGCGGUCACACACAGGUGAGAAGCCGUACAAAUGCGAGCUGUGCUCCUUCCGCUGCAGCGACCGCAGCAACUUGUCACACCAUCGACGUAGACGUCACAAACUUCUGCCAAUGAAAGGUGCUCGAUCACUUACCCAUAAAAAGAUGCUGAGCGUUCUACAGAAAAAAGCAAACUCGUUGGGUUAUGGUCGACGUCUCCUCAUCAACUUCAGCCCCCCUUCUAUGGUUGUGCAUAAGGCUGACAAUGUAAAUGACUUCUCCCAUGAGCUGCCUCAUUUACGUCAGGAAGCCUACAAUAAUCAGAGUCAAGCUGUUGACGAUGCGCUUUCUGCAAACCAAAAUCACCAUCACCACGACAUGGUGAUGGAUAACCCCCUGAACCAAUUGUCCACCCUGGCAGGUCAAUUGGCUAGCCUCCCAUCAGAGUCCCAGGCACAGACUGGACCUCCACUGUCUCCAGGAACAGAGUCUGUGGUGGACGAAAAGCCCUUUCUCAUCCAGCAGCCACACCCGGCCACCGCUCCAGUAGCUGUAACACACAGCGUGGCUCACGCUUCUUCUUCCCCGAUCGCCCCAGAGCCCAGGGCCCCUCCACACAGUAACUGCAGUCCUGAUGAUGGGCCGUGUAGCAACCAUAGCGGGCGCACCAGCACUCCCAGUAUUUCCAACAGCCAGCCCAGCACACCAGCACCGGGCCAGUCCGCUCCACUUCAAGACCCACAUAUGCUACAUCACUGUCAACACUGUGACAUCUACUUCCCUGAUAACAUCCUCUACACCAUCCACAUGGGUUGCCAUGGCUAUGAGAACCCUUUCCAGUGCAACAUUUGUGGCCACAAGUGCAAAAGCAAGUACGACUUUGCUUGUCACUUUGCACGUGGGCAACACAAGUAG